AUGCUCGGCGUGGAGUUUCUAUUCGGGCUCAGCCAACCAGGCGGUCCUAUCUGGGGUGGCCAAUCUCCUGUUGUGAGCAUCGUUUGCGUGGUCGCGGUGGUACUCACAGUUGUAGGGGUUGUUUUCCAGCCUCGAUGGGCCAUCGCCAUCAGCCGCCUCUUUCAGCCAGCAGUGCUGUUCGAAGUAGACACGAAAGAGAAAAUUGUUGGCCUUACAAUCGAUGAUGGCCCUAAUGGGAAAUUCACCAGCGAGACUUUGGAUAUUCUCAAGGAGAACGGGUGUUCAGUCACCUUCUUUCUUAUCGGGUCUAAUAUUGAUAAAUACCCUGACCUCGUGGAGCGCAUGGUGCAAGACGGUCAUGAAGUGGCGAAUCACAUGAUGGCGGAUUAUCCUGGCUGCCUGCUCUCCACCAAGCAAUUCAUGGCGUCCAUGCUCGAGGUGGACGCCAAGCUGCACCGCUUCUUCCCACUUGAUUCCCAUGGCCGCCAAAUCAAGUGGUUUAGACCGGGCUAUGGCUUCGCCACGCCACACAUGCAGCACAGGGCGCACAGCCACGGGUGCAGGCUCGCCCUGGCCUCCGUGUUUCCUUCUGAGCUGAACAACUAG